UUUAAAAAACAAGUAAUGCUCUCGCUUUCACUAACUUGCUUUCACUUUCGAUUUAGUCAGAGGCGAUCUGGUUUGGCAGCCCGUCUUUCCUGUUGUGUGUUUAUGGGGAGAAGCUUCUGCACAGCUGUCAGUGAGAAUGGAGGCAAAGCAUGUGCACGUCCACCACGUUCUUGUUUCUGCUUAACUUAAUGUUUACGUUUUUAUUUUGUCCAACGCCGUUUGUCAGCAUUGCUGCAAACUGCGUCGAGACUGCUGGGUAUGGAAAUAAAUGCGUCCUUGGUAGUACGCGGCUGACGGUUCGAGCAAAGAGGGGUUUCCAGAUCCAGCUGACCUGUAAGCUGUGCCGAGAGAGCCACAAAACUCAGGUGUGGCUUUGUUUGUUAGUUCUGAGCCUCUUGAGUACGCCUACAUGUGCCAAUUCUGUGAAUGACGCAGGGAAUCUACAGAAAUGUUUGAAACAGCUGACUCCUUCUGUGAAGAAAUCUGAUGCUAUGCUCUACGCUCCAAGAAUUCAAGACUUUCCAGAUAACUGUAAAAAGACGGUGCUGAACUGUUACAUGUUGGAGUUGAAAAUGGUCCUUCGUGAGGAAGAAAUUGAGGAUAAUUUACAGGAAUGUGUCCAUGAUUUCAAUAAUAAUCUGCAACCAUCUUUUGAUGGGUGUCCAGCAUGUGAAACCUACACGCUUCAAAAUAUUACAACAUUUAUGGAGAGACUAAUGGACCUUUUGCAAAACCUCAACUCUACAUAAUAUUAUAUAAUGAUGUAAAUACUGUAAACUACUAAUGUGCAUUUGUGUAGAUUUGUAAAUAACUGUUUUUAUCGCUUAUGUUGCUACCAUACGUAAUAAUAAAUUAAAGAUGUAUUUUAUUCUAUAGGCUGAUGACACUAAAUGUAACAUGGCAUGUCAGUGCUACACAUCUGGCCUAUUUGUUUUUAAACAUGCUGUCAAUGCCACAGCUUUUAGCUAUACUGUGUAUGUGUAUAUAUAUAUAUAUAUAAUGUUAUCACAUUGCUAUACACUACUGAAUAAAAUCUUGUACUGAUACACCUAAUGGACUGUAGUAUCUGAG